CGUGUUGCGCGGGUUUAUGUUUCGCGGGACUGCAGACGGCUCACAACAAAAUUGCUUUUCAUCGUCAUAUUGGAGUAAUAUUUUCCGUAUUCAGAGCACAAAAUGAGUUUAUGGGUCGACAAAUACAGACCAUCAUCUUUGGCUAAGCUCGACUAUCACAAGGAGCAAGCAAAUCAACUCAAAAGUCUGGUCCAAUGCGGUGACUUUCCACACUUAAUGGUUUAUGGACCAUCUGGUGCUGGUAAGAAAACCCGCAUCAUGUGUCUGCUGAGGGAGCUGUAUGGCCCUGGUGUCGAGAAACUCAGGAUCGAGCACCAGUCUAUCACGACGCCAUCUAAAAAGAAACUUGAAAUCAACACAAUUGCCAGCAACUACCAUCUAGAGGUGAAUCCAAGUGAUGCCGGGAACAGUGACCGUGUGGUCAUUCAAGAGCUGAUAAAAACUGUCGCUCAGUCUCAACAGAUUCAGUCCAGUGCUCAAAGGGAGUUCAAAGUGGUGCUAUUGACCGAGGUGGACCGGCUCACUAAAGAUGCGCAGCAUGCCCUGCGCCGUACGAUGGAGAAGUACAUGUCUACCUGCAGACUGAUCCUAUGCUGUAACUCCACCUCUAAAGUGAUCGCCCCCAUCAGGAGCAGGUGUCUGGCUGUGAGAGUCUCCCUGCCUAGUGUGGAAGAGGUGUGCAGUGUUCUGUCAGGUGUGUGCAGGAAGGAGGGACUACUACUUCCUCCUGAGCUGGCCAAACAGAUCGCUGAGAAGUCUGGACGCAACCUUCGCAAAGCAUUGCUGAUGUGUGAGGCCUGCAGGGUACAGCAGUAUCCAUUCUCUCCAGACCAAGAUAUCCCUGAAACAGACUGGGAGGUGUACCUUAGAGAGACAGCUAAUGCUAUUGUCAGUCAGCAGAGCCCUCAAAGACUUCUGGAGGUUCGGGCACGAGUGUACGAACUUCUUACUCACUGCAUCCCACCAGAAGUCAUCAUGAAGGGCCUGGUGACGGAGUUGCUUAGUAACUGUGAUGGGCACCUGAAAGCUGAAGUGGCUCAGAUGGCUGCAUACUAUGAGCACAGACUGCAGCUGGGCAACAAAGCAAUCUACCACCUGGAGGCCUUUGUAGCCAAAUUCAUGGCAAUAUACAAGAAGUUUAUGGAAGAUGGACUUGACAACUUCAUGUUCUGAGUCAUUGUAGCCUAAAAGAAAUAAGAUAUAUAAGAUAACUGAUUGUUUUGUUUUGUAUAAUAAAUGUUUUUCCAAACGUUUUUGACUUGUUAUUGGCUUUUUGGAAUGUGAUAUUAGAGGUAGUGCAUUGCAUGGUUGGAAGUGAGAUUCAAUUUAUGCUGUGAGAUUAAUUAAUGCUUGUCUUAUUUAUAAACACAUAGAACCAAUAGAUAUUGAUAACAUGCAGCACAAAUUGUAUUGAAGCCUUUUAUAAUUUGUCAUCCACAGAUUUUGGAUUGUAAAUAUGACAACAAAUAUUGGCGAUACAAAUCUUAGGUACUUUACAAAGAAACAUAAAAGUGUAUAUAUGUUAUUUGCAUUUGACCCCAAGAUGUGAUGUGUUUAUAUAACUAGUAAAGCAGAUAAUUACAUUUUUUGAAUACUAUGAAAUAAGCACACAUUAAACUGUUUAAUCAUUCCAACCACAGUACGGUCGUCUUUGUUCUUUUAAUUAAACUGC